GUUUCAAAACUUUUCCCAGCCCAGGCACAGCCUUUCCCUUCUCACCGGGUUCACUGGCUCUCCCGGUACUGAAAUGGGAAGGAGGAGGCGUGUUUUGCUGAUCUGUUAAAUUCUUAGUGAAGUUUUCGUGAUUUCCAGUGGCUGCUGUUGUUUGAGUUUGGUUUGGAGCAAACCUGGAAUAGUCCUGACAUUUCUGGAAUGGAAUCCAGAUGAGGAAGAAGAAAUAGAAGGAGAGGGGGGAAAAAAAGAAGAGAAAAAAGCCUGGAAAACAUAUUAAUCCCAGUGCUUUUACGCUCGGAAACAAAGGGACUCGGCCAGACUGUGUGGGGGAAAGGGUGAUAAGAAAGAACUUGGAACUCCACAGAGGGCAAGAGUGAGAUUCAGAAAGCAUUAGGACUUCCCUUAAAGGACAAUCCCGGUGGCAGCAGAGGACCAGCUCACACAGACCCAGGAGAAACUGCAGACAAAUGGAGAUACGGACAGUCCCACGAACAGCAACGUUCACCUCAUCUCACUGGACCAGAAGGUAAGAAGACACAGCCAGAAAGAGAAGAAAUCAGCCCAGCUCCGACAGGCUGAGCUUCCUGGGGCUGCUUUCUCAAACAGGAGCUGCCUCCCACCCCUUUUGUAUUGCUCACCCUCCACCAGGAGACAGAGGGCUACAAGGAACCGAUUCCAUCUAGGAAACUGUCCUAGGGACCCACCUUUCAAUCUCUUUUGAAAGCCCCUGCAUUCCAUCUCCAUGAACCACCAUUGGAUAACACAAUGAUGUGGAAGAUGGGACCUCAUUUCGCCAUACUGUUGGCCAUGUGGCUGGUGUGUGGAUCAGAAUCUCAUGCCCCUGUCUUGGAUAGAGACAGGCACACAGGGCGCAAAGUACCUUUGGCCUCUCCAGUCAGCACUAGGUCGGCUCGAUAUCUGAGGCACACCGGGAGGUCUGGUUUAACUGAGAAAUCCACCCAGGAAGAACCAAAUCUUCAGCCUCCCCCAAGGAGGAAGAGUGUACCAGUACUGAGAUUAGCUCACCCGACCACGAGGCCGACCCCCUUAGGUAUCAAUGGAGCGCCAGUCAGACCUGAGUCGAGACCAAUAGCCAGGAGCUCUCCGCGUGAGAUGGUCCGAGAUGAGGGGUCCUCUGCUAGGUCCAGAGUGUUGCGUUUCCCCUCUGGGUCCAGCUCUCCCAAUAUCCUGGCCAGUUUUGCAGGAAAGAAUAGGGUGUGGGUCAUCUCAGCCCCGCACGCCUCAGAGGGCUACUAUCGCCUCAUGAUGAGCCUCCUGAAGGAUGAUGUGUAUUGUGAACUGGCGGAGAGACACAUCCAACAGAUUGUGCUGUUCCACCAGGCAGGUGAGGAAGGGGGCAAGGUACGGAGGAUCACCCAUGAAGGCCAGAUCCUGGAGCAGCCCCUGGACCCCAGUCUCAUCCCAAAGCUGAUGAGCUUCCUCAAACUGGAGAAGGGCAAGUUUAGCAUGGUGCUGUUAAAGAAGACUCUCCAGGUGGAGGAGCGCUACCCUUAUCCCGUCAGGCUGGAGGCCAUGUAUGAGGUCAUUGAUCAAGGCCCCAUCCGCAGGAUCGAGAAGAUCAGACAGAAGGGUUUUGUCCAAAAGUGUAAGGCCUCGGGCCUAGAGGGCCAUGUGGUCCAGGAAGGGAACAAUGGUGGCGGGGGAGCAGGAAGCACAGGCCUGGGCAGUGAGAAGAAGAAAGAGGACCCAAGGAGAGUACAAAUCCACCCCACCAGAGAGCCUCAGAGAAAGCUGGCCACCACCAAGGCAGCCACUCCCCAACCUCCCCCAACCCCGAGGGCCACCAUCCUUCCUCCUGCUCCAGUCACAACGGCCACCCGGGCCACAUCCCGAGUGGUGACAGUAGCCGCCAGACCUACAACCACGACUGCCUUUCCAAGCACCCAGAGGCCCUGGACAGCCCGGCUGCAUCCCUUCUCAGUCUCCCACAGGCCCUCUGCCACAGCUGAGGUGACCACCGCCAGGGGCACUUCCAUUUCAGAGCAGCUCCACCCUCUGCCUCGGAAGGAACAACAGAGAGAGAAGUCCCAGGCCACCAGGAGGCCCAGUAAAGCCACCAACUAUGGGAGCUUCACAGCUGCCCCACCCACCACCCUCUGGGAGGGCAGCACAAGAGUUGUGGGCACAAGUCGUUUCCGCGACAACCGGACAGACAGACGAGAACAUGGCCAUCAGGACCCAAACGUGGUGCCGGGUCCUCACAAGCCAGCGAAGGGGAAACCGCCCAAAAAGAAGGACAAGAUUCUCAGCAAUGAGUACGAAGCGAAGUACGACCUCAGCCGGCCCACGGCCUCUCAUGGGGAGGAGGAGCUGCAGGUGGACAUGACGCCCUCCCAGAACGCGAAGGAGUCAAGAAAACACGAGAAGCUCGGGAAACCUGAGAAGGAGAAGAAAAAAAAAGGGAAGAGUGCGAAACCAGACAAGUUACUCAAGAGUGAAAAGCAGAUGAAGAAAGCCGAGAAAAAGAACAAGCAGGAGAAAGAAAAGAAUAAGAAGAAAAAGGCGGGUAAGACAGACCAGGAUGGCUAUGAGAAGCCCACAGCAAAACAACUCACUCCAAGUCCCAGGAAGUCAGUGACCGACCUGCUGGGGUCAUUCGAAGGCAAACGAAGACUCCUGCUGAUCACCACUCCCAAGGCCGAGAACAACAUGUACGUCCAACAGCGGGAUGAUUAUCUGGAGAGCUUCUGCAAGAUGGCCACCAGGAGGAUCUCUGUGGUCACAAUCUUUGGUCCUGUCAACAACAGCUCCUUGAAGAUUGACCACUUCCAGCUAGAUAAUGAGAAACCUAUGCAUGUGGUGGAUGAUGAGGAUUUGGUGGACCAACAUCUCAUCGGCGAGCUGAGGAAAGAGUACGGAAUGACCUACAAUGACUUCUUCAUGGUGCUGACAGAUGUGGAUCUGAGAGUCAAGCAAUACUAUGAAGUGCCAAUCACGAUGAAGUCUGUGUUCGAUCUGAUCGAUACUUUCCAAUCCCGAAUCAAAGACAUGGAGAAGCAGAAGAAGGAGGGCAUUUCCUGCAAAGAGGACAAGAAGCAGUCCCUGGAGAAUUUCCUGUCCAGGUUCCGAUGGAGGAGGCGGUUGCUGGUGAUCUCUGCCCCUAAUGAUGAAGACUGGGCCUAUUCACAACAGCUCUCUGCCCUCAGUGGUCAAGCCUGCAAUUUUGGUCUGCGUCACAUAACCAUUCUGAAACUUUUGGGCGUUGGAGAGGAAGUUGGAGGCGUUUUAGAACUGUUCCCAAUUAAUGGGAGCUCCACUGUUGAGCGGGAAGAUGUGUCAGCCCACUUGGUGAAAGACAUUCGUAACUAUUUCCAAGUGAGCCCAGAGUACUUCUCCAUGCUUCUAGUUGGAAAAGAUGGGAAUGUUAAGUCUUGGUAUCCUUCUCCUAUGUGGUCGAUGGUCAUCGUGUAUGACUUAAUUGAUUCCAUGCAACUUCGGAGACAGGAAAUGGCCAUUCAGCAGUCACUGGGGAUGCGCUGCCCAGAAGAUGAGUAUGCAGGAUAUGGUUACCACAGUUACCACCAAGGCUACCAGGAUGGCUACCAGGAUGACUACCGUCAUCAUGAAAGUUACCACCAUGGAUACCCUUACUGAACAGAAAUAUGUAACCCUAUUCUCAUCCAGUUUCCCCCUCAUCUGCUAAAGCUGGGUGUGGUCAGUUACAUAAGAGAAGUCGUCCAUACUCUACAUUCUCUGCCCUUUUCUUUCAGUGUUCUUUCAAGAUUAAAGAAACAGUAAACUUUCCCCUACUCAUGAGUUGUUAUUAAGACAUUUAAAAGAAUUCUCUAACUUGAGAGAGGGAAAUCUGGUGCUAAAUAAUUGUACUGAAAAAAAAGUUACUAUUUCUUUCUUUUCUUAUAAUAGCUAUUAUUUGAUAUGCAAAUUUUUAUAAAGUGUUUAUGCAAUCUU